GUAAACUUUAUUAUUUCUCUGUAAUUUCUCUGUAUUUUCAUUGAAGAUGGUUAAAAAAGUUCAACAAAGAUCGAAUCUACCUUGGGUAGAAAAAUAUAGACCAAGUACUCUGGAUGACCUGGUAUCCCAUGAAGAUAUCAUUAAAACAGUCAGCAAAUUCAUAAAAGAGGAUCAAGUACCUCAUCUGUUAUUUUAUGGUCCUCCAGGAACAGGAAAAACCAGCACCAUAUUAGCAUGUGCCAAACAAUUGUAUACACCAUCUCAGUUCUCGUCCAUGGUUUUAGAAUUGAAUGCUUCUGAUGAUAGAGGCAUAGGCAUUGUUAGAGGACAAAUUUUGACUUUUGCCAGUACUAGGACAAUAUUCAAAUCUGGCUUCAAAUUGAUAAUUCUUGAUGAAGCAGAUGCAAUGACUAUGGAUGCUCAAAAUGCUCUGCGCAGAAUCAUAGAAAAGUAUACAGAAAAUAUCAGGUUCUGUAUUAUUUGUAACUACCUCAGCAAAAUAAUACCCGCCUUGCAGUCACGUUGUACCAGGUUCAGAUUUGGCCCUCUUUCACCAGAUCAGAUUUUGCCCAGAUUGAACUAUGUAGUCGAUGAAGAAAAGGUGACAGUAACAGAAGAUGGUAAAAAAGCCUUGUUAACCCUAGCCAACGGUGACAUGCGUAAAGUAUUGAAUGUUCUUCAAAGUACUUGGCUCGCUUAUAAAAAUGUCACAGAAGAUAACGUUUACACUUGUGUAGGGCAUCCUUUGAGGGCUGAUAUUGAGAAUAUUGUGAAAUGGCUGUUGACCGAAGACUUCAAAACAACUUAUCAAAAUAUAAAAGAACUGAAGCUGCUGAAAGGUUUAGCUCUUCAUGACAUCAUUACUGAGGUUCAUAAGUACGUACACAGAAUUGAGUUUCCAUAUAAUUUGUUGAUAGAUCUGUUGGAUAAGUUGGCCGAAAUUGAACAUCGUUUAUGUUCUGGAGCUAACGAAUAUAUACAAUUAACGGCUACUAUUGCAGCUUUCCAGUAUGUUCGUGAUAUAACGCCAGUUGAGGAAACUUCCUGAACUGGAAUUAUACAGAUUUACUUCUCUUUUAUGUUCAAAACUCAUUUCGAAUUUAAUAUAGGUAGAUUUUUAUAAUUUUUUUUAAUAAAUCAUAAUUUUUUUUAUGAGAGAUAUAUAAUUCCCAUAUCACUGAUACGAAUGAUUUUUUUGGAAGUUACAAGCUCAUCAAGAUCAGAGUUUAUACAAGUAUACUUUUCGUAUACAUUUCAAUACUGAUGUUGGUAAGUUAUAUUUUUAUAUCCCAAAUUGGUGUUAAUGAAAUCAAAACAGAAUUUUCGAAAUUUUCAGGAUUGUUCAUUGAUAAACCAUUUUCAUGGUACAAACAUGUUGAGAAAUUACGUCAUAAAAUAAGUCCAAUCAUUGGAAUAUUAUAUAGAAUUCGAAAUCAUAUUCCUAGGAAGUAUCUAAUGAAUAUAAUUAUAUUAUUGCCUCAUUUAUUCUAAGAUACAAUACUUGAUUUCUGUUUGGGGUUCUGCAAAUAAAUCUAAAUUGAGACCUUUACCAAUUUCAAAAAAUAAAACAAUAAAAUGUAUAUUCAAACUACCUUUUUUGGAACGAACUAUGAAUCUCUACAAACAUAGAAAUAUUCUUGGUAUAGAGUCUAUUUAUAAAAUGAAAAUAUGUACAUUUAUUCAUUUAGUGAAAUAUCAUUUUAAACAUUCGAACAUAAUAUUCACCCAAAUCAGUAGUAUUCAUAAUUAUAGUACUCGAAAUUAUAAUGGACUCUCGACUAUCAGAAUCAAAGCUAAUUAUGGGAAAAAAUCAAUAUUUUAUGAUGGAAUAAUUAUAUAUAAUUCUCUUCCUGAUUCGCUGAAAAAGUUGAAUAAUAUAUACAAUUUCAAAAGACGGCUAAAACCCCAUUUUUUGUAAAUGUGAGAUGAUUAUUAUGCAUAUUUUUAAUGCUAUUGUUUUGUUAUCAUUAAUAUUAUUUCAGAAUCAGAAGAAUUAGAAAAAAUCUGAUAUCAUGGGAAUAUUCCUUAGACUGUAUCAUAUUAAUGUGCUGAAUAUGUGCAUUCAUUUCAAAAACACCUUGUAUAUAUAUCCAUUUUUUGAUGUUCAUAAUUAUAUCUGAGAGUAUUCCUUUUUAAUAAAGCAUAAUAGUUGAAUGAUUUCAAACG